UUAUCAUUCCGGUUUGUUUCGAAGGGCGCCACCGCGCGGCCUGCUGCAGCUGAUUAAUUUGAUCAUAAUACGGCAGCAGAUCUAGUGAUGUAGGCUGUAGUUUGCAAACAAUCAAUUGGCCAAGUAAGAAAUGGAUCAUUACAGUAUACUGUAGCACAAAAGGUAUGAGGCAAGCACCGCGAAGGGAGCGAAAACUCGUUAGCCACAACUGCUGAAGCUGAGGUGUAUGACAAAACUGUGAACUCACGUCAUGACUGAAUGAUACCCAGAGAAUUGGCCGCAUCGUCUGCAUUUAUGUAGUCUGAACGACAGCCACCAUGUUCGGCCGUAAGAGCUGUCGCGUGAUCACGUCGAGCCGAAUCGGCAUUUUCCUACUGUUUCUGAUGCUGACGUGGGUGUAUGCGUUCAUGAACUACGCUAUGUACCGGGCACAGCCCGGCGUACGGGAGAGCGAUCGGUUACGCCAGAGAAUUCUUGAAGAUAGCGAACUUUACGUCAAGGCUUUAGCCAAUGAGGAGAAGGAUGGUCUGAACGCGCAGAGCUCAGGAGUUGUGUAUGACCUGAAGCGAACUCUGGCCGUCCUUCUGGAGAACAUUCUCCAGCGGCUCGGCAACGUCGAGCAAAAAGUCGAAAUAAUUUACACUAACGGGAGUCAGAUUUUCCGCAACUUGACCGGCCUCGCUGCGGCCGAGCAGAGACACUUGGCCAAGAAUGAGUCUGAGGAUCCACAAGACAGCAUUUACACCAAUAAAAAGAAUAAAGGGAAAAGGAAAGGUCUCUCCGACUAUGACGAAGUUGAUGAAGAUGACAGACCGUUAUUGGCUAAAGAUUUAAUUAUGCAACCAGAAAUGAAGUGCUCGUAUUCUCGGGACGAAUUGCGAGGUUACCCAGAUUGUGACAGGAAAGUUGCUUGGAUGAGAGAGAUGUGGUCGUCUGACCCGUGCUAUGGCAGGUACGGGGUGGAUGGCAGCGAGUGUUCAUUCCUCAUAUACCUCAGUGAGGUUGAGUCGUGGUGUCCGAUGCUUCAAUGGAGGCCGCAAUCACCCAAGCAACUCCUGACCAAGUCUACCAGACCCAAGGCAAUGGUCAGAACGGACAAGCAAGGCCUGAUGAACAUCUUGAACAAGGCCAACGCGGUCAAGCUGGAGUGGGUCAAGCUCCGCAUUGACCGCAUGUGGGAGGACAAAUGGAUCCCCGCGAUCGAGGCGCUGCAAACGAAGCAGAACCUGACCAACAGCGAACAGAAAAAGAUUUUGGUUCACAUGGGUUUACUAACCAAAGAGUCGGGGUUCAAGAUCGCGGAGAACGCAUUCUCCGGCGGACCCCUGGGGGAGCUCGUCCAAUGGAGUGACAUCAUCGCGUCCCUUUACAUCCUGGGACAUGACCUAGAGGUUUCCGUCAUGUAUUCAUCUUUGAAAAGCUUUCUGAAAGGCAAGGGGGUCGUCAGUCAGAGUUGUCCCAUCGGAGGGGAACGCCCUUUUGACUUGGUCUACAUCGACAUUGUCGGCCUGAAACAAUUCAAGAAGGCUGCGGGGCCGCUCUGGAAACAACUCAACUGCAUGCUGCGAGUGAUAGAUUCCUUCGGCACUGAACCAGCUUACAAUAUCCGAAGCUACUCCAAGAGGACGGGUCGCAAGACAGACUGGGGUGGCUGGGAACUGCUGCCUAAACAGUUCUUUACCAUGUUCCCCCACACCCCCGACAAUUCCUUCAUGGGUUUUGUCGUGGAGAGUAACAGACUUGCGAUGGAUGCUACCGUGAAACGGGACAACAAAGCCCUGGUUUACGGCAAGAUGUCUUACAUGUGGAAGAAUGCCAAUGCCAUGAAGUUUUUAGACAUCAUCAACCAGUAUUUUGAGAUCCAUGCUACCGUUCACAUUGACCAGAAUCAGACGGAGGAAGUGGUAGCCGUGCCGUCUUAUGUUCACAACCACGGCAUCUUGAUGGGACCGGAUCUGCAGCAACUUCUUCAACAAACCAAGCUUUUCAUUGGCCUCGGUUUCCCCUAUGAAGGCCCAGCGCCCUUAGAGGCUAUCGCCAACGGUUGUAUAUUCCUAAACCCCUCUUUCGAUCCACCAAAGAGUAAAGUCAACACCAAGUUCUUCAAGAACAAGCCCACGGACAGAGAGCUGACAUCUCAACACCCGUAUGCUGAGGUGUACAUUGGCAAGCCCCACGUCCAGACCAUCGACAUACAGAACUUCUCUGCCCUGCAAGCCACGGUGGAGGCAAUCAGCCAGUCAGAUGCUCCGGCCCCGUACCUACCCUAUGAGUUCCAGUGUGAAGGCAUGCUACAGAGGCUUAGUGUCUAUAUAGAAAACCAGGAUUUCUGCAGUCGCCCCAAGUCCUGGCCGCCAAAGUCUGCCAUGCACAUCAGAACAAGUGACAUCAAUGAAUCCUGCAGCAAACGAUGCAUGAAAGAUGAUUUAAUAUGCGAACCAGCAUGGUUUCAUCUCCUGAACUACAAAGAUGUUUUAGAAAAAAGGUUUGGCAUGUCGUGUUCCUCAUCAGAACAGAUAGAGGAAGUCUAUGUCCCCGCUAUCAACCCAGUCCGUUCCUCUUGCAAGACCCAGUCCAAACCUCUCCUAUACAGCUGUGCCAGUCAAGACACGGAACUCAGACGGAUAUGUCCGUGUAGGACCUACAUCAAGGGACAAGUGGCCUUAUGUCGAGAAUGCAUUUUAUGAUGAAUGAAAUCGUAUGUACGUGUUUGUGUUUCGUGAGUGUACUUGGGAAAAGACUGUUGGGAAUUAAACAGGAUGGAGAAUGCUUAUCUAUCACUGCAUCACUGUCUAGAGGCGCUCCAAACCACAUCAUCCUGAAGAUUGGAAUUUAGUUCAUGAGAAGCACAACUGCACUAGUAAGCAGGUCAGGGGUUCAAUGAUUGCCAAUGUUUACAUGUCUGUCUGGGCGUGUUCAUCUAUUCAAACCUUGGACGAAAAAUUCCAGAGAACAAAAGAGAACAAUAUCGUCCACGAUUCCCAGCAUACGUCCGCGAUUGGAGUCGUGCACAAAACCUAUGGGAGUCUUCCUCAAAAGUUAAGAGUACAAACAAAAGAGGGACAAUAGGACGUCCACGAUCGACGGUGUAAACACGCUUAGCUGGGUGUGUGUGUGCGUUCAACCCUCUGAUCACGUAUUGCCCUGUGAAGCCGCCUGGUCUCCUAUAGGAAGACAUUUUUGACAAAUGCAAAUGUUGCUGUGAUCUAAAGACUUAAUCAGAAUUUACAAAUACACCACGCAGGGAAACUGACUAGGAACAUUAUAAUAAUUGUUCGAACAAUUAUAAGUCAGUUUCCCUUUGUGGUUCAAUGAAAAAGUUAUGAUAAAAAAGCCGUAUCCUCUCUGAUUGAUCUCCGUUUGCUAUUUCCCAGGUUUGCAGCAUUGCUAAUGUUGCUAGCUUCGUGACUUUGGGCGUGAUCCCUGGCUGCAUGGCAUUUAUGGGUUAAUGGCUUCUGACUAGCGCCCUUCUGACUAACGUCUUGACAAAGAAAUUGACAAAUUUGGGAACUGCCAACAUAAGGCUGGAUAGCUCAGUUGGUAGAGCACCGGAACGGUACUCACAGAGGUUCAAACCCCGUUCCAAUCAUUUACUUUGUUCAAAUUUAAAACAAUAAUUACAAAUCAAACAUGCAUUUGGACAGUUUUGCAUCCAGUAACAUUCGAUACACAAUCAAUCAAUCAUAACCAGAAACAAAUCCUGUUAGUUGAGUGGCCUUAACGCACCACAACUUGUUAAAGAAAACGGCACAUUCCACAAUGUCAUAUUAUUCCGUAUUAGUGAAAGCGCCGAUGAUCUUCACGGCUUUCCCCAUUUUUUGAUAAACAGAGCUGAAACUAUCCUAUAAAUAAAUGGAAUUUGUGUACAUAUUUGUAUAAAAAAUAUAAAUGUACGAAUUCUGUACCUUCGGACAAGAUUGAUCCUUUCUUUUGAUCAAAAAGUAAAUGCAAAAGAUGUAAUUAAGAUAUUUUGUAUCAUCUGUGCUGUAAGUUAAAAAAAGACCACUGAGUAUUUUUUGAAAAUUUUGGUUCAUUGUUUUUUUUAUUGAAAUAUGUGUGUUAGCUUUGAUUUUCCCAGUGCUUGUUAUUUAAAACAAAACAAAAUGUGAUUGAAAUAUAUCAAAUAUAUUUAUUGUGAUUUAAUUACUAUAAUUUUUGUACCCUUAAUUAUUUCUCAUAUUCCAAUAUAAAAAUGUGGUUGUAUCAGUUUAAAGUUAUGGGAAAGAACUGUACAGAAUAAACCAAAAUUUUGCAUAAAAUUGUGUGAAACUGUAAGUUACCUCCUAACACAGGAAGCGCUAUGCUCAUGUUGCUGCUUUUUAGAAGACUGACUGUUCUCGACCAAAAUAUUCUUAUUGGCAGAACUUCCAGUCAUUUUUUUUUAGUGACACAUCCUUCACAUUUAGUAUUAUCUCGUUGAAGUAAGCAGAAGUGGGAAUUAUUAACAUUCAUGUUUUCAUUGUCACAUUCUGAAGUGUUCACAGUGGAAACAAAAUCUCAUGAUUUGUUGAUCUUGAUAUCUACAGACCACUUCAUGUCCCUCCUGUAACUUAACUUAUCAUUACUGACUUAAUGAACUAAUAACUUAAUGAAUUAUUGAUUUGAUUUUAAAGUUAAAUAACAACGGAUAACAAAAGGGAGAUGCAUAAUCAAUUGUAUGUUUUAUCUUUCAACAAGGUACGGUAGUGUACUGUGCGGUUGCAUUUCCGUUCAACUUUUGUUUUUAAAUUGGCCAUGUUUCUGCACCAAAUGUAAUGAUUAAUAUGAAUCUGAAUUGAAUAUGAAUAUAAAUAUUUUCAUUUGGAAACGAUUUUAUUUUUACAUGUAGAUUGUUUCGUAUAGCAUUUCUUUUGGUAUUUUUUUCCCCAAGGAACAUUGUAUAUAGAAAACAGCAUAUUAAGACGGAGAGAAACUAAAAAAAUACCCUUAUGCCGCUUUAUUUUUGAGCUGAUUUUUUUUUAUCAAGAAAAAGGACCACCGUGUUGUUUUAUUUUCGAAAAGAAGUAAUAUUAGUUGACAUUCCAACGUUUGUUUAUGUGCAGUAAUGGUUGUUUGUAAUUUUAAUUAAUUAAGAAAACGUACCUUUGACCAAUUCAAAUUACUUUAUUUGCCGACGGGUUGUUUUAAUAGCAGUUGCGUUAUUUUUGUGAUGAUUUAUUUCCAUAUGCAAAAGCAAAUUUGAAGUUGCCGAGAUUUCAUUUCAGCAAAUUUAGUUCAUUGGUUUAUUAAUGAUUAGUUUUAUUUUGAUUUUAAUUUUUUAUUUCAAGUUUUAUUUUAAUGAUUUUUGUGUUUUUUUGUAAGAGGUAAGGGUUGCGAGGUCUCGACGCAAAUUAUUUCGGGAGAGUUUCUCGCAAACUUUCCCUCCUUUCACCAAAAGUUCAGGGGAACCUAUUUUUUUCCACCUGGGAAUAUUAAUUCGAGACUAGGUAUUUUGUUACACGCCAAAUUGCUAGAAUUCCGAUUUCAAUUUCAAAUGAAAUAUCGAUGUUACCUUAUGUUUUUGUGAGAGCAGUCAGAUACUGUCUGUGUGUGACGUCAAUUUAGGUCGACCGAUUAAAUUUUUUUUUAAAUUUUUGUUUGGCCUAACCGUCUUGUUUGUCGUAAGAUUAAAUAAGGAAAAGCUUCGAGAGGUAAAGCUGCGUUAUAAUUUGAUAUUGACAAAUAAAAAGCUGGAAUAUCGAA